CCAGGGUGGUGGCCCCAUUUCUUUGGGACUCUUUGCCUCCCGAGGUCGGGCAAAUGCCACCAUGUCAUUGUUUUCAGUGCCUCCUGAAAACACUUCAACUUCAGGAAGCCUUCCUGAUUUACACAGCCAUGGAGUGACAAUUAUUUUAAACAUAUUGUUUUAACCCUGUACUUUCAUACUGGGAGUUGGAACAAUACAUAAAUCUGGAAAUAAUAAAUAAUUUGGCUAAGUCCUUAUCAAAAAAAGGAAUUCCUAUCCAUAUUCCGAAGUAGAGCAUAGGAGCCUAUCCCCUUUCUGGGUUAUUUUGGAAAUGGAAGGAGAGGUUUGCAGAGAACAAAUGGCUUUUAACCACCUCCAUUUUCUGUAGCUAUUCAGAUGGAAAAAAGAUGAAGGCUCUCCCAGCAACCCACACAAAGGGGCCUUCUCUUUGGCAUCCUCGGAUCCUGGACUCUUCACUGGUUCCUUGGCUUGGAGUUCUUUUCCUGCCUGUAUCCUAUAUUUAGUUCUGCUUCCUCUUGGCAUGGAUGGGGGUGGGGGGGGGACUAAUCACCCCUUGCUUCAUAUCACUUCUCAUCACUGUCUGAUUCAUGAUUUUCUGGAAGACUCUUCCUGUCAGACAUUUCCAAAGGUCAGUUCUUUCUUCCUUGCUUGUGUCCCUGCUUCUUUCCAUCCUUCCUCUUUCAGCUCUAUAGGCAGCUGGCUUGUGUGUCCUGUCCCGCUAUCCAGUCUCUCCCAGGACAUCCUGAAAAUGUUUUCGCCUACUGCUCCAUGUGGGAAGAGGGGAUUUCAGUGAAUUGGCACACAUGCCUCUUCUCCUUGCAUAAGUUCCCUCUGAAUGGCCCACUUCCCAGGCAAAAGUAAGAUUUUUUUACUCUGUUCUUAUCUAACACAUUAGAUUGCAGCUCCAUCGGCUAUGGACAAGCACAAAUACAUGUGGGGGGAAGCUUUGCAGUUAUUACUGUUUUGAAAGCAGAUGGAUUUUGCGUUCCCAGGAGGGAAUUCCCUAGAAUACCCCGCAUGGUUUCCUUUAAAGCUCCUCACACCCACCUGAGAGGCAACUCUUCAGAUGCAACUUUCUAAUUUUAAUUUUUUUGGCAAAAAAGCACCAGUUCAUUUUGACUUGAACUUGGGCUGCAAUUCAUGGAAUUCAUCUAGAGCUGCUUCCAAACACAACAACUCUAGUUCAAUGUGUUUUUUUCAUCACUGAAUCCAAGCUUAUCCCUCUGGAAAUUCAAACGCUCCCACCCGUUUCAAUUUGGGGGAGCUCCAGCUCGAACUCCCUCAGGCAUCAUGAGAAAGCUGAAGGCGAGAUGGGAGACACGCGAUGAUCCUGGUGGUGGUGAUGCCCCCCCCACCCCCUUCUCAAGUGCAGGCUCUGAACGCCAGUUCUUUUGCAGCUAAAACACCGCCCACCAUGCAGAAGAGGAAGAUGCUGGCAAGUGCCCCAGGGCUGAGGCAAGCAGCGCGGAGAAAGGACUUCAUGGCACAGUGCAGAGGCAACGAGAUCGGGGAGGCCUACACAGAGAAGCACUUGGGAAACAUUUCACCUUAGCCGCAUCUGCAGCCUUAUCUGGCCCAUACUGUGGCUACUCAAAUCCACCACACUCAGUCUUGGUGAUGAACUCCAGCUCAGUCACCGUCUUGUUCAACAGCACGACGCAUCGUUCAGGGCGUGGCUUCCUCCUUUCUUAUGCCAGUGGCAACCAGCCAGAUUUGAUCUCAUGUUUGCAGAAGGGGAUCCAUUAUGACAAGCAACUAAUCAGAGCAUACUGUCCCGCGGGCUGCAAGGGAGUAACAGGAGACCUCUGGGGCAACGCAGACCAGGGCUACAGAGAUACAUCCGUGCUCUGCAAAGCUGCUGUUCAUGCCGGCGUGAUCUCGGAUGAGCAAGGGGGAGAGAUAACGGUGUCGCGAGAGAAAGGGAUCACGCUCUAUGAGUCGGUCUUUGCCAAUGGACUCCACUCCAAAAGGGGAUCUUUAUCUGAAAAACGCCUCAUCUUCCACAGAGCUUGUGCUGGUGCCCUGGAAGUGGCCAGCUUCAGCGCUUCGUCCCACUGGCACGAGCAGAACAUCUUGGGCGAGAAGGAAGCCUGGACGGCUGACCAAGCCUCUUUCCGCGCUGGCAGCACUUCCUGGGCAGCAGGUCAAAGCUCUGCAGAUCAGUGGCUGGAAAUAGACCUGGGUGGCAGGAGGAACAUCACAGGCAUAAUAACCAAGGGAUCUUCUCAGAAACACAAUUACUAUGUGAAAUCCUACCAGGUCCUCUUCAGCAGGGAUGGCAAGAAAUGGAAAACCUACAAAUCCAAGAGAGGCAAUGAGGAUAAGCUCUUUGAAGGGAACAGCAACAGCUUCCAAGAAGUUUCCAAUGCCUUCAUCCCGCCCAUCCUGGCCCGCUACCUGCGCAUCAGCCCCCAGACCUGGAACCAGAGGGCCGCUCUGAAGGUGGCACUGUUGGGAUGCCAAGCCCCUCGCCUGAAGAUUCCACGCCCCUACAGCAACGGCGGAAGUCAGCCGUCAGUCCACCAGGGGUCCAAGGAGCUCCCCAUCUGGACAAGCAGCAGCCCUGCUGUCUUCACCACCAUCCCAGGGAUAGUGAUCAGUUCAGAAAAAACAGGUCCCCCACUCCUGGUGAUGCUGCUGAUUGGAGGGCUGGUCCUUCUGUUUUCAGCUCUCCUGCUGGUGGUUUUCCUCUGCCACAAGAAGAGGAAGACAGCAGAGCAAGACAGCAGUGGCCUGAAAGGUUGCACAGCCCCUGAAAUGAGCCAGGUCUAUUCCCGAAGUACAGUGCCACUGUCCACCUCUGACAUGGCUUCAUUCCCUAGGGCAGGAACACCGGUAGAUCUGAGCAGAGUUCAAUCUCCAGAAUACGCAGAGCCAGACGUGGUUCAGGUCAGCCCCGGCAGCCCGGUCGCCGCGUCCACCUUCAAGCCCGCCCUGGAUGAAGGCUACACGCUCCCUCUGGUGGUGAGCCACUACGACGUGCCAGGCCAGCACCACGAAUACGCCGAGCCGCUGCUGCAGGAGCCCGAGUACGCCACCCCCUUCCUCGAGCAGCCCGCGGAGCUGGCCGGAGGGCCCGGCCGGAAGAGCCUCUGCCUCGUCCGAGGGACCCCCUCCGCCCAGGGCCUUGUCCCGCCUGCACCAUCGGAGGCCCAGCUGCACUAUGACUUCCCAGCUGCGCGGCUGCCCGCAAAGCCGGCGGGUGGCCCGGAUGAGGCCCUCAGUCCUCGGGAAGACUCUGCCCAAGCGCGUGGGCCCGGCGACACGGCCUCUCAGGACAGCUGCACUCUGAGCCAGAGGAAUGGACCCCCGGCUGGCCCACCGGCUACCUCACCGCGGGGUCACGCCGUCCAGCGUGGGGACUGCCCUCGUGCACAUGUCUAUCACGAACCCUUGUGAGCCUUGCGGAGAGAGGCCGCGUGCCCGGGCUGCUCGGGAGGGUGGGCCUGCGCAGAGGAGGCUCAAGCAGAGGGCACGGCCGCUGCCCUAGGCCAAGCCCAGCUCUCCGGCUAGCCCAGCGUUGCCUGCCCCAGGCCGCGGUGGCUCUCCAGGGUCUUCCCAUCCAUCCCCUGCUCCCUGGCCCUUUUCAAACUGCAGAGGCAACGCUGGGACCCCCUCUAUGCAAUUCAGGUGCUUGGCUCCUGAUGGGGGUCCCUCCCCCGAAAGCACGCUGCUGCUUCUCCUGCCAAGAGAAAGGACAUGGUUCAUUUUGUGGGGAGUCUUCAAUGUCGGGAGGUUUUGACCAUGAUGUCCCCCACCCUGUAGUUUCACAAAUAUCUCUGGACCGUCUUCACUUGAACUUGGAGAAAUGGGCAGGUGUGAUUUCUGUGUGUCUAUCAGCCUUCUGCAAGGUAAUCCCCUCUGGCAAACUCAUGCUGGCUGGGGAUCAUGGGACUUGCAGCCCAGUGUGUCUGGAGGGCAACAGGUUGGGGAAACCUGUAUAUAGUCUGAUUUCUUUACAUUGCCAUUAUGAUUAUUUUUAUUAACCACAAAGUAUAAUAUAUUUUGUCAUGAGUUUUCUACAUGAAAUGAAAGAGCCAGGCCUCAACAAGGGGAUCUUAGUAUUCCCCUUCAGCCGACAUUCCUUUAUUAAAAACUUGAAAACAUUUUGUAAACCAAA